GUGGUGUGUGCUUCUCUGCGGUCAGUUACCCGCUGUUUGAAUGUGAUGACACGGUGUCUGCACUCGUCCGGUGCACCGUGACGGAAAACAGGCUUUUUCAUACAUGCUUGGGCUUUUUCCCCUUAAACUAGCGGGAUUUUUAACGGACAGAUUAGAUCUCUAUUGUCCGUCGUUUUGACUGUACGAGGGGCUCUUGAAGUACUGACAGGCGGCUUUUUUGUGUGGCAUGUGAUAAGGACAAGAGACUGAGGCGUGUUCACGGAUGUUACCGGGAAAAGGGGAGAGGAAAGAAAAGGCUUUCUUUUAUUUCCCUGUUGCCUGUGGAUGUGACUUUGUCUCCGCCUGGGUUCAGCAGGACAUGACGGAGCAGCGGAUGGAUUUUAUGGGGCUCCUGCUAGCUGUUGAAUGGCAGGAUGAACAAUGACUGUUGAGCUAUAACAGUUUUUGUCCGGAUGCUUUUAUGCGAAACAUUUUUUAAACGUGAAGGCGAUGGUUUCAUUUUUUAUUUUUGUGAAGUGAAAGCUAACGUUGGUUAAACACAGCAAAAGGGAGGACCAUUUCAGGCGCGGCCAGGCAAGCCAACAAUGCGGAUUACCUCUUGACUGUUUGCCUUUGUGUCAAUUCUCACUGUUUGUAUAAAGUUUGAGAUAACACUUAGCAGGACGAACACCCGGUUCAUUUUGCUCUAUUGUCUCGGAGUGGAGACAAUACGCUCACGCGAGGUCCAAAUCCCACAUGUGCACAGGUUGUCUGUGAAACGGCAAACUGGCUGACAACAGAGCAACAGGGACAGCGAUGGCGAACGAUUCCAUACAAAGUGACCCAGGUGGGCUGUCUGUUCUGGAGCAGCUCGGCCUGGACCAGAACUCGGAUUUCUCUGAUUCCAGUGUGCAGCAGCUCCUGGACGAACAGCGAGAAAGGAUCCGCAGGGAGAUUCGUAAAGAGCUGAAAAUCAAGGAAGGAGCUGAGAACCUACGGAGGGCGACGACUGAAAGGAGGAACGCACAGCAGGUGGACAGCCAGCUACGUUCUUCUAACCGUAAGCUGGACAACCUGCAUGACCAGCUGCAAGAACUGGAUGCUCACAUUGUGGUCAAGGGAGGAGAGGAGAACAAAGAUGAGUGUCCUCAAUCUCCCGGGGCGGAGUCUCGUACGUCAGCCCAUAAGGAACGCAUCGCCGCUCUGGAGAGACAGCUCAACAUCGAGCUCAAAGUCAAGCAGGGAGUUGAAAACAUGAUCCCCAUCUACGCCAAUGGAUCCACCAAGGAUAAGAAGAUGCUGCAGACGGCCCAGCAGAUGCUACAGGACAGUAAGACCAAAAUUGACAUCAUCCGCAUGCAGAUCCGCAAGGCUGUGCAGGCCACGGAGCACAAUGAAGACACACAGGGUAACCAGGACCUCUGUGGGAUGGAGCUGCGCAUUGAAGAGCUGAGGCAUCACUACAGGGUGGAGCAUGCUGUCGCUGAGGGCGCCAAAAAUGUCCUCAGGCUCCUGGGGGCUAGCAAGGUCCAGGACAAGAAAGCCCUGUCUGAGGCGCAGUCUCGUCUGAGCGAGGCGUCUCUGCGCUUGGACCUGCUGAGGCACUCUCUGGACCAUCGCCUUUCAGAGCUGCCGGAGGACCAUCCCAAGGCCAGCGUCAUCAAAGAGGAGCUGGUCCAGGCCUCCUCCCCGGUUUUCAGCUCCCGCCACAGCGCCCCCUACCUCCACAACCAGUACAGCACCCUCAACAAGCCCUCCCCUCUCACUGGUACCUUACAGGUGCAGCUGCUGGGCUGUGUUGGGCUGCUGGAGGUGGUCCCAGGUCGCAAUAAAGGGACAGCCGUCAUGCUGCCCUGCUACAGCCCCGGAGACACCCGCUCCUUCAUGAGAGGAAGCAAAGGACUCUACGGACGCAGCGGCUCAGUGAGCGGGAAGACGCCCAGCAAGACGGACGACCUCUCCUCCGAGGUGAGUGCUGUGCUGAAGCUAGAGAACAACGUUGUGGGCCAGACCCCCUGGAAGACUGUGGGAGAUCAGGCCUGGGACCAGACCUUCACUGUGGAGCUGGAACGGUCGAGGGAGAUGGAGAUCGCAGUCUACUGGAAGGACUACCGCUCGUUGGCCGCCCUGAAGUACCUGAAGCUGGAGGAGUUCCUGGACAACCAGAAACACAGAGUUCAGCUGGAGUUGGAGCCUCAGGGCCUGCUGCUGGCAGAGGUGACCUUCUUCAACCCGGUCAUUGAGAGAGUUCCUCGCCUGCGGAGGCAGAAGAAGGUCUUUUCUAAGCAGCAAGGCAAAGCAUUCCUUCGGGCUCGUCAAAUGAACGUCGAUAUCGGGACGUGGGUGAGGCUGCUUCGAAACGCCAUUCCCACGGUCAACAACUCAGGAACCUACAGUCCCAACGCACAAAGCCUCACACUCAACUCUGGGGAGGUCUCAGUGGAGAAGUUGAGUCUGGACAGCGACUCUCCGAUAAGAAUCGAUUACAAGAGAGACACGGACGGACAAACCCCGGUGAGGGACACAGAGAGAGAGGAAGCCCUGGAAAUGGGGGAGGACCGACUGCCCGUCAUCGAGCCCUUCUCUCCCCCAGACCUCACCCCCGAGUGCCCUGUCCGAACCCCAUCUGUUGGCAGUAAGCAGAGGAAAGGCCCUCUGUCUCUGCAGGACUUCAGGCUGAUCGCUGUGUUGGGAAGGGGACACUUUGGAAAGGUGUUGUUGUCAGAAUACAAGAAGACAGGCACAAUGUACGCCAUCAAAGCCCUGAAGAAGGGAGAUAUCGUAGCUCGGGAUGAAGUGGAAAGUCUAAUGUGCGAGAAGCGCAUCUUUGAGGUUGUGAACCUAUCGCACCAUCCCUUCCUCGUCAACCUGUUUGCGUGCUUCCAGACUCCGGAGCAUGUGUGUUUUGUCAUGGAGUACACAGCAGGAGGCGACCUGAUGAUGCACAUCCACACAGACGUCUUCACAGAGCCGCGAGCCGUGUUUUAUUCAGCCUGCGUAGUUCUUGGACUUCAGUUCCUCCACGACCAUAAGAUUGUGUACAGAGACCUCAAGCUUGACAACCUGCUGCUCGACACAGAUGGUUAUGUGAAGAUCGCAGACUUUGGGCUGUGUAAAGAAGGAAUGGGCUUCGGGGACAGGACCAGCACGUUCUGUGGGACUCCAGAGUUUUUAGCCCCCGAGGUACUGACGGAUACAUCGUACACCAGAGCGGUAGACUGGUGGGGGCUGGGGGUCCUCAUCUAUGAAAUGUUGGUGGGAGAGUCUCCAUUCCCAGGGGACGAUGAAGAGGAGGUGUUUGACAGCAUAGUGAAUGAUGAAGUCCGCUAUCCACGCUUUCUAUCCACUGAAGCUAUUGGCAUCAUGAGAAGGCUGUUAAGGAGGAACCCGGAGAGAAGACUGGGCUCUGGUGAGAAGGAUGCAGAGGAAGUGAAGAAGCAGCCAUUCUUCAGAAAUGUAGACUGGGAGAUGUUGCUACAAAGGAAGGUUCCACCUCCCUUCGUCCCCUCCAUUGUCGGGAGGGAAGAUGUCAGCAACUUCGACGAGGAGUUCACCACCGAACCUCCGGCUCUCACGCCACCUCGCGAACCUCGUGUGCUCUCCCGCAAAGACCAGGAGAGCUUCCGGGACUUUGACUACGUCUCUGACCUCUGCUAGUGGGCCUUAAAGACGACGAAGAAUGUUUGACUUUAAAGGCUUCACGACGGUUUUAUCUGAGCGGACCACAGGUCUCAACUGACUUUCAGCUGACUGUUUGUCUGCCGUUAAUUACACUGUGAAUGAAUGCGGAGAGACCGGAGCCAACCGGUCUGUGUUUUUUGUGUCUACAAUCUAUAAAGAUAGAAAGCCGAGAAAAUAAAAGCCAGGAAGGACAGCUGGUGGGGUUGUACAAACGAAGACCAACACCCCCCCCCCCUCUCCAUUCCUCGUACAACACACCAGUGACUUGUGUAUCUUUACAAACAUUAGCCUUUAAAAAUACCUCCUCCUAUCCUCUUAUGUGUCGGUGUAGUCACCUGUGCAGCUGUGAGGAGGAGCUGCUCUCAUACCAAUGCCUUACAUUUGUAUUUGAUCAACAGAAAAGCAUUAUGUUUUAUUUUGUUGCCCGUUGUAUACAGCAGCAGGAAGUGGAGAACUUGCUCGUGGAGUGGGAAUUGUGACAUCUCGUUCAGAGUGAAUUUGAAUUUGUAGCUUUUCCCAGCUUGGGCGAAUUAUGAAAUAUAGCUACGGGGUAAAGAAUCACUUUCCUAAUUAUUUGGAUUAUUUCUACCAACCACUUUUACAAAUUGUGCUGCUGCGAUUUUAAUGAAUGCCACAAAUGUUACAACAGUAAUGUUUUAAGUAAUCAUAUUUUAUGACCGUUGAAUCCUCAUCCAUUAUUCAGUACCCACCACAUACUUUUUAAUUGGAAAUUGUAUAUAACGUAUCACAACCGUCAGCAUAAAUACUGUGUGGCAAAAGUUUGCCACAUAGUAUUUCACUUUUUUUUUAUGAGAAAAAAAAGAACUGAACACUAAGACUUGAUGCGCAAUCAACCUUAUUUUGUCUGUUCAUUUUGGGUUUAAGACGCAUUGAUGCAGUUAUCUACAUGCUACCAGAGUUUUGUGUACAUGAAGUAAGUAAGUUCCCCUGAAGACAUUUGUAUGUGACUUUAAACUCAACAAACCAUGGCUCCAACAUUCCAAAACUACCCGUGGUGGUUAUUGCUGAUGAAGUGAUCUUUGUUUCAGAUGAACCCAAUUGAGAUCUUGGUGAAUAUUUGGGAAAUCUGUGUGGUGACACAAUCAAAAUAAAUAUUGUUAGCCAUAUUACGUCCCAGCGAACAAGAUAUCUUGGCAAUACAUUUCUAAAGAAACAAUAUCAUUUGAAACAAAAUGAUACAUGUUGAAAAUAUGAGCCAGUGGUAUAUUCAUUACUGAGUACAGGCGAGUUUUGUUGUGUAGCUGUAUGUAUGUUGGUGUGGAUUUUACUUAUCUUGUGUUUAUGUCAAAACAAAAACCAUGUGAGAGUAUGAGAUGACUUAUUUUAUAAAGAAAACCUGGAGUGAAUAA